ACUGAAAGAUAGAGCUUCCAUUUUUGUAUCUGCACACACCGAUAUCGAAGCAUUAGGGUUAGGGUUUUUUCGGAUCUGAGAAUUUUGGUGGUCAAUGGCGGAGGAAUCGGAGAGCACUGUGACGACCGGCGGCGAAUCAUUGAUGGAAAAAAUAAGCGAUAAGCUUCACGGUCAUGAUUCAUCCUCUUCUUCCGAUUCCGAUUCCGAAAAAACUGUCACUUCAUCCGUCAAGGAUAAAGUGUUUCGCCUUUUCGGAAGGGAAAAGCCCCUUCAUUCCGUGUUGGGCGCUGGAAAGCCUGCUGACGUAUUAUUGUGGAGGAACAAGAAAAUAUCUGCUUUUGUACUUGGCGGAGUAACUGCUGUUUGGGUCCUUUUUGAGUUGCUUGAAUAUCACUUUCUUACUCUAGUCUGUCACAUUUUAAUACUAUUGCUCGUGGUUUUGUUCUUGUGGUCCAAUGCCCAUACUUUAAUCCACAAAACUCCACCUCGUAUACCCGAAGUUCAUCUUCCUGAGGAGCCAUUCCUGCAAGUUGCGUCUGCUUUGAGAAUUGAAAUCAACCAUGGGUUUGCAGUUUUGCGUGAUAUUGGUUCUGGAAGAGAUUUAAAGAAAUUCCUAAUCGUUACUGCUGGCUUAUGGAUUCUAUCAAUUGUGGGGAACUGGAGCAAUUUCUUGACCUUGUUAUACAUAACUUUUAUUUUGUUGCACACUGUACCGGUGGUAUAUGAGAAGUACGAGGAUAAGAUAGACCCAUUUGCAGAGAAGGCAGUCAUUGAGAUUAAAAAGCAGUAUGCUGUGUUUAAUGCUAAGGUCUUGAGUAAGAUCCCAAGGGGUCCAUUGAAAGACAAGAAGUUAGCGUAGUGAGCAAGUCUUUGUAACUUCAGAAAGAAAAAGAGCUCCACUUUUUUUAUUUAUGGAAGUUGCCAGCGCCCUGUUUCUUUUAUCAAAUACCAAUCUUUAUUGUUUGAGUUGGUUUUAUGCUGUAAUGGUGUCAAUGGCAAAUUGGCAAUGGUUCAAACAGUAGUUUCUAACCAUAUGCAAGCAUAUGGAUUUUACUGGCUUGUGUAUGUUUAUUAGAGUUGUUCAAUCAAUAAUAGUUACUGCAAGAUAAAAGU